AUGACGAACGGCACAAGCUCAAAUGCGACAAUGACAUCUCCAACGCCCUCUGGCUGCACGAGAUUAUUCACUCCUACCGAAGAAUGGCUCCAAGUGUCUUCAUUUCUGAUCAUUAUCUUCCUCUCCAUUAUUGGAAAUGCUGUCGUUAUCAUCAUUAUUAAGAAAAAAAGGCACAUGCACACUCCAACAAACUACUUUAUCGUGAAUUUGUGCACUGUGAAUCUGUUGAUCUUGUUGCUCAAUGCAGUUCCAGACAUCCAGGGAAGAAUUGCACCACACCUAGGAUUUGUGGUUUCUGGUUGGCCCGGAAAGAUUCUUUGCAAGCUGCAAGCGUUUCUUACAUCUUGUACAAUAAAUUCCGCCAUCUUGACGCUCGCAAUGAUUGCUGCUGAUCGAUUUAUUGCCAUAUUUUUUCCCCUGAAAAGACUAAUUCAUUCCCGAAGAGCGAUCCAGCUGAUCUCUGUGACAUGGCUUAUUCCGGCUUUACCAGGGUGCAUCUUUCUUUACGUCAAUGACCUCGUUGAUUCCGAUGGAACUGUGUACUGUAUGGAAAUAUGGGAACCGGCCAUCCCAAUGUACUAUAACACAAUUUAUACAACAGCCGAUUUCAUCAUGUUUUAUGCCUUACCUUUGUUGGAAAUCAUCAUUCUUUACAUCGCCAUCAUCUACAGGAUAUGGAUGCGAAGGAUUCCAGGGCACGUGACUACAGCCAAUCAACAAGUCGAACUCAAAGCCAAAAAGAAUGUACUUAAGAUGCUCAUCGUAGCCGUUCUUACGUUCGCAUUAUUCUGGCUUCCUGUAAAAAUAAAUGUCAUGAUUGGGCUUUACAGCCAUGCUCCCUGUCUGUUAACUCCUAUUCGUCGAUUCCUGGCACUCUUUUUGGCCUGUGGUAACUGUGUAAUAAAUCCAAUUAUCUACAUUGUAUUUAGCCAGGACUUUAGAAACGGUUUCAAGGCUCUCUGCCACUGCCUACCCUGCUUUUCCGCUGAUGUUCCUCGUGUGCACAGCCAAUCCAGAAAUGUGAGCGAGAUAAGCUUCUCUGUAAAAUGCAAUGGUCACAGCGGUCUUAGCCUAACGAAAUUUCAGAAGAUUGACGACUAGAAGAACUUCUUCUUGCAGCUACAGAAAAGCUAUCAACGAAUGAAUUACACGCUCUCUGUAUUUUGGAUUGGUAUUCAAAAAUAUAAAAACAAUCUGGAAAGCGUAAUAGUGCGAAAGAAUUUUAGUUCCUACAACGAACAUGACUGCAUGCAUGGAAAUUCACAAGCAGCUCUGAUCUCACACGUAAUAAGUAUUAUUGCUCAAGUAAGAGAUGACAAUAUUUAAAAUUUGGUUUACGCACGAUGUCUUUCCUCUUCCAGGACUGUCGUGGCAUUUGAAAAAUAGAUUAACCCUUUAACUCCCAAAAGUGAUUUACAUGGAACUUCUCCCUAUAAUGUUCAUACAUUAUCCUGCAAAAGGGUAUCGAGAAAACUCUAAUUUAUCAGGUAAAAGUUAUUAUCUUGAUCUAACCCUUAAAUCUCAUAACAGAUUUACAAGGAAAUGUAUAGCAACUGGAGGGGAAAAUGUCUUGGGAGCUAAAGGGUAAAGGUGGUGAACUUAGCCUUUUUCCUGGUGGUCCGAAAAGUUUUUUCUUUCUUGACCAUUUUCAAUAGAGCUGCCAGAAAUUAGAUCUCACA